CACACCUCAACACCUCACCACCAUGCAUCUCAUGUACACGCUGGAUGAGAACGGCAACCGGAUAUAUACGUUGAAGAAAAUCACCGCUGUUGGAAAGGUGACCAAGUCUGCACAUCCAGCCCGCUUCUCCCCAGAUGACAAGUUCUCCCGACAUCGCGUGACGAUCAAGAAACGCUGUGGGGUGCUCUUGACCCAGCUGCCGGCGAAGCCUUUGUAACCGUUUCGUGUGUUGUCGGUUGUGGGGGGAUGGUGGGAUGAGGGAGGUGCGGGAUGAGAGGGAGGUGCGGGAUGAGAGCCCAGGAGUUGGAGAGGCUUGGACUGAGCGAACUGGGCGAGGGCCAGGCAUGCGUAUCUGUCGCUACGCACAUUCACACUUGUACCACAUUCACUAAUUCAACCUCUCCCAAG